AGCAUGCCCCCUUCCCCAUCGCCCCCUCCAGGGGGCAGAAGUUCCCUGGUUACUGUAGAUAUAGUGGUGCUGGUAGUCUACUUUCUACUGGUUCUGGCUGUUGGCUUCUGGUCCAUGUGCAGGACAAAGCGCAGCACAGUGGAUGGAUACUUCCUGGCUGGGAAGAACAUGACCUGGUGGCCGGUGGGUGCCUCGCUGUUUGCCAGUAACAUUGGCAGUGGGCAUUUCAUUGGCCUGGCAGGGUCAGGAGCUGCAGCCGGAAUUGGAGCCAUUGCAUAUGAGUGGAAUGGUAUGCUGAUGGUGCUGCUGUUGGGAUGGCUCUUCCUACCCAUUUAUAUCGCCUCUGGGGUGACCACCAUGCCAGAAUACUUACAGAGACGGUUUGGUGGUAGAAGAACACAGUUAUUUAUAGCUGUCCUGUCCUUAUUUAUCUACAUAUUCACAAAGAUAUCGGUGGACAUGUAUGCAGGCGCAGUGUUCAUUCAGCUCGCCUUGCAGUGGAACAUCUACCUGGCUGUGGUUCUGCUGCUGUCAGUCACUGCUCUAUAUACUGUAGCAGGUGGUCUGGCUGCAGUGAUCUACACAGACGCUGCUCAAACUGCUAUCAUGCUGGCAGGAUCUCUCACCCUUAUGGCCUUCAGCUUUGUGAAAGUCGGGGGCUGGGAUGCUCUGAUGGAGGGAUACGGCAACGCCAUCCCUUCGAUCCGCGUGCCAAACUCAACCUGUGGCAUCCCCCGAGCUGACGCCUUCCACAUAUUCAGAGACCCGGUGAACUCUGACCUGCCUUGGCCUGGGGUCAUCAUCGGCAUGUCCAUCCCCUCCAUGUGGUACUGGUGUUCUGAUCAGGUGAUUGUGCAGCGAUCCUUGGCAGCUAAGAACCUGACCCAUGCAAAAGGUGGCUCCCUACUGGCUGCUUAUCUAAAGAUUCUGCCUUUCUUUGCUGUCAUGCUGCCUGGCAUGAUCAGCAGGAUACUUUACACAGAUGAUGUGGCGUGUGCAGACCCCGAGUUGUGUGAAGAGAUUUGUGGCAACCGAGUGGGUUGUUCAGAUACCGCCUACGCCAGACUGGUCAUGGAGCUGCUGCCUGCAGGGCUGCGAGGUUUGAUGAUGGCAGUAAUGAUUGCUGCCCUCAUGUCCUCUCUGACCUCCAUCUUUAACAGCUCCAGCACCAUUUUCACCAUGGAUCUGUGGAAGACUUUCAGAUCUCGUGCAUCCGAGUGGGAACUUAUGAUUGUGGGCAGGGUGUUUGUGCUCGUGCUGGUGGCAGUGUCUGUGCUGUGGAUUCCCGUCGUCCAGGCCAGUCAGGGUGGGCAGCUUUUUAUCUACAUCCAGUCCAUCAGCACCUACCUCCAGCCCCCAGUCUCCAUCAUCUUCCUCAUGGGCUGCUUCUGGAAGAGGACUAAUGAGAAGGGUGCAUUCUGGGGCCUGGUUGUCGGCCUCUUUGUGGGCUGCAUCCGUAUGUUGCUGGACUUCAUUUACCCUAUGCCUCUGUGCAAUGAGGAGGAUGACAGGCCUGGGGUGUUGAAAUAUGUGCACUACUUAUACUUCUCCAUGUUGCUGUCCUUCAUCACCCUGGUUGUGGUGGUUGCAAUCAGCCUAAGUACAGAGGAGCCCAAACCGGAGCAGAUAAGUCGCCUCACCUGGUUCACAAGGUUUGACUCAGUGGACCCCAAAGAGCAGGUCUUCUCAGUGGAGCGGGGUACUAAGACCUUAGAGGUGAUAACUAGUCAGUCGAAUGAGAUGGGAGACACAGGAAGAGAGGAGGAGGGCAGCAAUGGAAAAACAUGUCAUUGCAGGAAAGACUCUUCGUCCUCCCUGUCCAGCGUCCAGAGCCAGUCCAGGCUGAUGUCUGCCCUCUACUGGCUGUGCGGGAUGGAGAGAAGGAAGGAGGGAGAGAAUGUGACACCUCCUGCACCCAAACAGCCUAUCUGCUCUCUGGAAGAAAAGCCAUGUUUACGACGCAUUGUUAACGCCAACCUCAUCAUUUGCAUCUCUGUAACUGCCUUUAUCAUUGGCUAUUGGGGUUGACAGGCAGGUUGUGACAUUCUCAAUGGAGUUAUAAAAGUUAUUACUUUUCCUUCCCCUUUCUUCUUUUUUGCUCCUAAAAAUGAG